AUGUGUUCCAAAUUAGUAGUUGAAUUCCCUAACCAGACAAUGAAAAUUGGUGAAUCCGCAUUUGCCUAUUGCGACAAAGUUGUUAUUAAUACAAUUUAUCAAGGAUAUUAUAUUAGCAAAGGCGCAUUUAUGGAUUGCAAAGGAAUAACAGAUUUAAAGUUCUUUGGCACAAAUUCAAUUUACGAGAGAACUUUUAAAGGAUGUGAAAAUCUGAAAUCUGUUGAUUUGACUGGUCACAACGAAGACUUGAUGAUUCAAAAUUAUGCUUUUGCAUACUGUUCUAAACUUCAGACACUCAAAGGCAGCGAAAAAAUUGGUGUUGUAGCCGAUGGUGUAUUUGUCGGAACAAUUAUUGAUGGCGAAUUAGAUUUAUACUGCACUGCAGUAGGAGAUUACGCGUUUAAAGGAACACACAUCACAAAGGUUACAAUGAAUCAAUAUAUACUCUUUGGUGGAAGUUCAUUUAAAGAUUGCAAGCAACUUCAAACACUUGUUCUGAAUGAUUCUGAAUUAGGCGCUUCAUGCUUUGCUGGUUGCACUUCAUUAUCAGAUAUCGAUUUAGCCAAUGUUAAAGUGAUUGGCGACAACUGUUUCGCAGAUUGCCAAUCAUUGAAGUCAGUGAAUAUUCAAAAUGUCCAAAAUCUUGGUAUAUUCCAUUCAGCAACACAGGAAUUAAAUCAAUUGUAUAUCCAUCUGCUUUGA